AUGAGCGAGGAACAAAAGGAAGUAAAACAAGAAAAGACUACCGAUAUUGAAACCAACUGGUUCGAAUCUGUUGAUUCUUUCCACAAGUUAUAACUUAAGGAAGAUCUCCUCAGAGGUAUCUAUGGUUAUGGUUUCGAAAAGCCCUCCCCCAUCCAACAAUGCGGUAUUAUCCCUAUCAUUAAGGGUAAAGAUACUAUCGCCCAAGCCCAAUCUGGUACUGGUAAGACUGCUACUUUCUCUAUUGCCACUUUAUAAGUCAUCGACACUAGCUCUCCCCACACUUAAGCUUUGAUUCUUGCCCCCACCAGAGAAUUAGCCCAAUAAACUAUCACCGUUAUUAUGUACUUAGGUGAAUUCUUGAAGGUCUCCGCCUAUGCUUGCACUGGUGGUACUGAUCCCAAGGAAGAUAGAAAGAGAUUAAGAGAAGGUGUCCAAGUUGUUGUUGGUACCCCUGGUAGAGUUUUGGAUUUAAUCUAAAAGAAGACUUUAGUCACCGAUCACUUAAAAUUAUUCAUUUUGGACGAAGCCGAUGAAAUGUUAGGAAGAGGUUUCAAGGAUCAAAUUAACAAAAUCUUCUAAAACUUACCCCACGAUAUCUAGGUUGCUCUUUUCUCUGCUACCAUGGCUCCCGAAAUUCUUGAAAUUACCAAGUAAUUUAUGAGAGACCCCGCUACUAUCCUUGUCAAGAAUGAUGACUUGACUUUGGACGGUAUUAAAUAAUUCUACAUCGCCUUAGAUAAGGAAGAAUGGAAGUUUGACACCUUAGUCGAAUUAUACAAUAACAUCGAAAUCGCUUAAGCUAUUAUCUAUUGCAACACCAAGAAGAGAGUCGAUGAAUUAAGAGACAAGCUUAUUGAAAAGAAUAUGACCGUCUCUGCUAUGCACGGUGAAAUGGACCAAUAAAACAGAGAUCUUAUUAUGAAGGAAUUCAGAACCGGUACCUCCAGAGUUCUUAUCACUACUGAUUUGCUCUCCAGAGGUAUUGAUAUCCAUCAAGUCAACUUGGUUAUCAACUACGACUUACCCCUUAAGAAGGAAUCUUAUAUUCACAGAAUCGGUAGAUCUGGUCGUUUCGGUAGAAAGGGUGUUGCCAUCAACUUCGUCGUCCCUGCUGAUGCUAAGUUCCUUAAGGAAACUGAAAAGUAUUAUCAAACUCAAAUUGUUGAAAUGCCUCUCGAUGUCUCUCAAAUCUACGAGUGA